AUGAAGAGAAAAGUUAUAUCAUGAAAUUGAGUAAUGGAAAGUAUUUGUUUAAAAUUCUGUUAAUUUUACUUCGCAAAACAAGAGAAUUAAGUUUGGAUGCAGAUGGUUAUCGUCGAAUUAGUCAGUACUAUUAAAGGUUUUAAAAAUGAAAUAAAAGAAGAUUGUCUGAAGAAACUGAAAAUCAACGUUGUUCAUCAUCUAAGCCUGAAAGCUCUAAUUUAAAACUCCAAAUAAAUUUAUGUUGCCUGAAGGCUAAACACUAUAUUUGGAUAUCUCCAUCGAAAGAACUUUAUCUAACUCGAAACAACUUCUUGAUUCAUCUAAAUUAUACAUUACUAAGAAAACAGGACACCGAGGAAUACAAAAAAAUGGAAGCCUUUUGUAUCCUUGCUGGAUCAGGUCUCCUAAGCCCUUUACUCCAAAAGCAGUCGUUUUCUUAUAUGUAAAACAUACAUUAAAAUAGUAUACUUUGUGUAGAAUUCCUUUUCAUCCUAAAUAAAGAACGAAAGAACAAAAGAAAAGAAUUAAUUUUAAAAAUAACGAAUUUGAAGAAAUACCAAAUGUAACUUGUAGCCAAUUUUUAGAAAUAAUUUAGUGCAAUUAGCCCCUGUGUUAGUAUUAUGAUGUAAAUAGUGUUAGUGCUUUUUAUGUGACAGAAAUGUAAGUAAAGUAUCGUUGUAAUUAGUGCAACUAUUGUAACGUAAGUAUUGCCUCUUUUGUAACUCCUUGAGUAGGUUUUUGUUUGUGAUGUUUUUCCUGGUUUUUUUUUGUUUUUUGUUUUGUUUUUGUUGCGAUUUUUCUUUUGUAAUAAAAUAAAAUUUAAAUUAAAAAAAAAGUUAAAAAAAAACUGUUGUUCUUCUUUUAGACCUAAUAGUGUUUUGAUGCAGUUACGAUACUCCUCUGUUGUUUUGUGGUUUUAAUUGGACGAGAUUUUGCACUCCACAGUUUGAUAACACUCGAAGUAGCCGUUUUUUUUUUUUUUUCUCUUGAGGAAGAAAUCUCUCAGCCUUUUGAUUCUUCCCCUCAGGUAUUUGCUAUAAAUGACCUUGGUAGGGGUCCUGCUGGUGUGAAGACAUUCACACUUAGAGAAGGUUAGUUUGUAUAUCGCUGAUUUGCCAAUCUACCUCUAAGACUGAUAUAAUUGCUGGGCAACAGUGACACCGACCAAACCUAAGCGAAGACCACUAUGAGAAGGCUUUGCCGCGAGGCUAUUUUUUCUGAGUGCCUGCGUAAACAAACGUUAAUAUAGACUUUAGAAUAAUAAACUAACUGGACCACUGAUGAGUCAGGAUGACGAGGAUAACCAAGUAUAUUUAAAGAAAAAAUUUUCAUAUAAGGCAUAACCAAAAAGUAGUUUCUAGUCUGAUUUACUCAGCUUUACUGUAAUAAACGAAGCAUUUCUCCCCUUCACCCGACAGAACCCAAUGUUGCCAUGUAUCUCAAAAUCAUCUAUGGCUUGGUUGGUUCAUUGGUAUUUUGCAUUGUGCCUUUCGCUGGUUACAUAAUGUACAACAGGUAAGUGUGGGAACACUUUUGAAACUAAACACGAGGUUACUAUUCCUGUAUAGUACCACUCUUGGCAGGAUUUCAAGGACCACCAUAGGCUAAAGGGAUGUUAAAAAAGUUCAACAAGCAUCAGUAGACUGAGUAUUGAAAGUGGUAGUACUGACGCGUCUAUAUUGUGGCUUAAAAGGUUUUUGAUGCUUUGUUUCUUAUAUAUGCUCACAAAGAAUUUAAUUUGAUGCUAUUUUUUGUCAGAUGGAACCGUCGAAGAAAUGCAAACUCUGAGGAGAUUCCUAAAACAACAGAACCCAGCGUUAUGGUUUUUAAGGGUAACUUGCAAUGUCAUUUUACGAGAAAGUAUCGGGACUUGGUCAUUUAGAGUUUUUAAAGGUCGUGAAACUUUUCAGUUUUGAACUGUGCGUCAUUUGCUGACGUGUCAAUUUAUAUGAAAUUGUCGGCGUGUUUAAUGCAAAUGUCGUUUGUUCCAUUCAAUCUGCUUCGAUAGCAGCCGAUAGUAGCAGAUAGUAAAGAUAAAGUUACACUCAGAGAAAAAAAAACAAAUAAAACUAUGGAAAAAUUGUAAACAGUAUGGAAGUCUCUACAUUGCUAUUACUCUAUUUUUUGCGUAUGUAACUCGAGCACAUUAGCGACUAAGCAGCUUCUGUGGGGACUACAGAUUUAAUUACCGUCCUAAUUAUUUUUUUUGAUGUUACUAUCGUUAAUUGUUCUCACCAACAACUUUACAUAGACGUCGCAAUGAGUUCUGUUGCUGAGCGGCAAAAAGUGGAUGACUUUAGACUUGAUCGUGAUCAAAUAAUAACAGUAAAGGUACUCGGGAGUGGCAACUUUGGUCAAGUGUCCAAGGCAGUUUACAAACCUUUAAACUUUGAAGUGGCUGUUAAGUCUUUGAAAGGUACCCUUAAUUUUUCUAACACAUUGUUAUAUUGCCACAUGAAAGGCGACAAAAUCUCUUGAAUUCAAGUCUGACUCUCUUCUAUCAUAUCUUUCAAUUCUCUCUUAGAACCGAGGAAAAAGGCUAUUAUAAUAUUAGGUUAAGAGUAGAACGCCGUUUCCUUACAAACUCACAGUAAUUGUUGGCAUUUUAAUCUUGACCAAUUUUCAAGGCAAUGCGAAAAAGAAGGACUUACAAGACAUGCUGACUGAAUUAGAUCUCAUGAAAACCUUGAGGCCUCAUCCCCAUCUUGUUGACCUCAUUGGCUGUUGUAUUGAAAAAGGUACUGGAAAUUUUGAUUGUAACCUGAUUGAUUGUAAUUUCUGAUUUCUUGCUGACAGACUAAUUUAAUGAUUCUUUGAAAGACCAUCUCAUUAAAACGACUGAUUCAGCACCGUUACAUAUUUCUAGAUCCACUUCUCAUAGUGUUGGAGUAUUUACCAAACGGGGAUUUGUUGGGAUAUCUGCGUAAGAGCAGAGGGAUCGAAGAUGCUUAUGACACAGGAGAAAAUAGGCCAAGCUCAACCCUUACAGAAAAUGACCUCUUGUCCUUUGCGUGGAUGAUCGCUGAUGGUAUGAGCUAUUUGUCAACAAUGAAGGUAAACCAGACCACAGUUAUUCUGUUUAAGCAUCUAAAAUCUUUAAGGUCAUAUGUGACAUGGGAGUAGUGUGCUAUGCAACAAACAUUUACAAUGCAACUUUUUGAUAUUGUUCUAUGACGAAUGGUUUUGAGUCGCCUCUUGGUCUAACUUGCUUUCUGAGCAAGGUGAAGAAGUGCUCUCUGAAAAUAUCUCAAGGUAUCAAGCUUGUUUUACUGUGCUGUUUCAGAUUGUUCAUCGUGAUUUAGCAGCUCGUAAUGUGUUAGUUGGGGACAACAAAGUAUGUAAGAUUUCAGACUUUGGUUUAGCGCGUGGUUUGGAGGGAGAUAUAUACACGAGAAAAACUCAGGUGAUUAACGUAAAUAUCUUUAGAUAACUACAAAGUUUUAAGUCAACGAUCGUUAUUUUUACACUUAGUAACUAACGAAAACGUUGCUUGUAAUUUUCAGUUGUCUUUUGCUUGAAAUCAUAUUCAAGCUUUAUGUGAUUAUUCUUCUCAAGGCUCGUCUUCCAGUCAGGUGGAUGCCUCCAGAAUCCAUUUUUUAUGGCACAUCUACCACUAUCACAGGACGAAAUUGCAAGAAUCCGUAAACGGAAACGUGGCAGAAACAUGUUAAACCGUUCCGGAAACACGACGGAUAACCUGUGUUUCCGUUACCGGUUUCGUGACGUUUUCUCGCGUUUCCGUUGCUGCGUAUACAACGGCUGUGUAUGAGCGACAUGUAGGUUUUUAAAUUUAACAUUUCAAGUUAUUACCAUUGGAAACUUAGGAACUAUGCGUUCAGCCAGUAGAAAUAUGGUCCAAAUACUAAUACUUCAAAACUGCCUAAUUAAUUAUGAAAAAAUGCUCUCUAACCAGUUUUCAAUUGUUUGUCGAGAGUUACCAGGUAUAACUUUGGUUUUAUUUCCUUUGAGCUUGAUCACAGAAGAGACACGCCACUUUAUAAACAGAAGGAUUUAAAAUCAAAACAAAUCGCGACUUGUUAUCUCGCGUUUUUCUACGCUUCACGUAGUUUUAAAUUCUCAUGGCUUUAAGUUCUCCUGCCUCCAUGAUAUUUUCUUUUGCACUGAUUGGCUGCUCUGAUUAGUUUGUUUUUUUAUUUUACGACCGUCAAUGAAAACUACUCUUAGACAAAAGUAAAAAAGGCCAUUGAUAAAAAUUGCUACUGCAUUUCUGUCUUAAACAGAUGGUCAUACGGCAUGGUGAUGUGGGAGGUCUUUACCAUUGGUAUGUGGAUAUUUGUGAAGAAGAACUCUAAGGCUACCUAAAAACAAGAAACGCACCACCUUGUCUCACACCUAUCAAAACAUAUAAUCACUACUGACAUAACGACGGAUUUUUUUUAUCAGGGUUUUCAUGUAAUUGGUCGAGACGUGUAGAACUCUCUGAGACUUUUUAAGAUGAUUGGGGCAUUAUCGCCCCAGUGGGCUCCAUAUAUAAUUGUCGGGAUUGCCCUAGAAAGUAAAUAGGUGCAAUGUCAUAAAACAUAAAUGUCUUUACUAUAGAACUAAUUAUGAGGGAAAGUGAGAAUCAUCAAGAUCAGUUGAUUCCAUUGGCUUGAUCGCCUGAGGAAGGUUCGAUAAGUGUGUUAAAACUCAUAAGUAGUGAAGUUUUGUGGUUUUGCGAAAAUGACCAUGUGGAAACCAGGGAGCCUCGCAGACAAUAUUAUAUGAAAAAGAACUAUUUAGGGCAUUUGCUUCCCUGUUGCAUUAACUAGAACGUAAAUUUUUCAGCCAGAGAAGGACUCUACUGGCUUUGCUGAUCGGGGCCACUGAUGGUACAGUGUAUUUGUACUUCAGCAGUUAGUCUCUUAUAUUUUCAGGUGGCUCACCAUAUCCCGGAGUAAAAUCUAGAGAGAUAGCUGGCUUACUGGAGACAGGAUACCGCAUGCUUAGGCCACCUUAUAUCUCACAAGAACUGUGAGUGGUUUAAGAGCUCUUUCAUUACAUCAUUUAAAAUUAGUAUUUUGACAAAUGUCACUCAUAAUAACUACAUUUUUCACUGUUCACCUUUAAACCACAAUGAAAAAGACAAACCGUGAAUUGGAAGAAAAAAAUGAAGUAAGAAAAUUAUGAAUGUGAUGCUUCUUUCAGGUAUUCCAUUAUGGCCAAAUGUUGGGAAGAGCAACCUGAAAGAAGACCAACAUUUCUGUGGCUCUGCUCGGCGGUCAAACGAUUAUUGGAUGAUUAUCAGGUUUGUCUGUUGGUCGUCCUUUAACUUAUCCUAUUUUGCUUUUUUUCUUUGUUUGUGGUAUGAACUCCUCAAAUUAGAAGAGUUUGAAAAAUGAGAAAUUUUCUAUUUGAGAAUUGUUUAGGCCUGCUAUAGAUAUCUUACAAUCCUUAUACAAGUCUUGCGAGCCUUGGUUUUUUAUGUUUAACAAGACCACACAUAUAUUUUUACCUUUUGAGUGAUGUGUCCUUAACCGUUGUAAAAGGGCGCAAUUCUUGUACGAUAAUCGUCGUUGCUAGUUGUGCUUGGAUCUGUCAGUGACCUUGCUUACAACAAUCAACGGAAAGUUUUGGUUAGGUUUUAGUUCUCGAAGAUUGAAUGUUUUCAAGUACUUUGUUGUUAAUGUCGAACGUCUUGUGAAAUGUUUUUGAUUGGCGUUCUGAAAAUAUGUUUACUCUGCCAAGAUCAGUUGUCCCGUAAGACCAAACAUGCCCACCAAUAGCAUAUUUAAGAGCAUGUACUAAGGGCUGAAUAAGGGAGAGACACAGGGAGAAACAGAGGCUCGGAGAGUGGACAAAGGUUCCUAAUCAGACUCUUGGUGCCCACGUUUGCACGAGGUGCUCAAGCCAGCCGACCCAACAGUCCAAAAUGUAUAUUCUGCUUAGAAUUGUUUCUGGUUUCAUCUUUGUUUGAGGACAUCCUUCUUUACAAACUUUCGUUCCAGCAACAUCUACUUUGGACUAACAGUUUGCAACCAUAGAAGUUUAAGGGUAUUUUGGGAUAUAAAAAAAAGUGGAAGGGGAGGGCGAAAAUAGAAUAAAUUUUUGCAUCAUUGGGAAAUGAUACAAGCUCAAUCUGAUAGUUCUGUUUUUUUUUUUUCGCUUUUUUGUUUUUUGUUUUUUUUGGCUUUCUUUUUAUAAUCUCAUCUCAGCGAGCUCGCCUUUUUCAAAUGAUGGCUGAAACAUGCUGUUACUACAACAGCCUUCGACAGACGCAGAAUUGACGAAAAAAUUACUCAACAAGCAAGAUAUAUACAAAGCGGGAAAUACAACCUAACAUACGAAAAAAAGAAGCGGACAAUACGAUACCAAUUUUACAAAAAAAGCCACAAAAAAGGGAGAACAAAACUAAGCCAAACACGAAAAGCACGAAAAAAGAUUAUCCUGGCGCCUACACGUCUCAUCUAUCUUACUUUUUUGCUAGAAAAAUGUGAACUUGGAAGUCUACGAAGGCGAUAACUAUAUACACCUUGAUGUGACGAAGAACAAAGAGUGA